UGUGCGUUUCUUUGAAUUCAAUAUUAAUAUAAAUUGUGUUGAGCAAGGUAUCGGAGUACAAUUAAACGGUGAUAUAAUGAAAUACUGUCGAAUAACAUAUUAUUGAAAUAUCAUCACAUUAUGUUGUUUUAUUUUCGUUGGAUUAUAUAUUUUUGCGGUGUUUUGUCUUUUGCUACGCAAAUGGACGGAUAUGUGUGCAACAGCAAUCAAACAAUGUUUGUCCCAGAGGGAACAACCGCAAAUUUUCAGGUAAACAUAACUGGAGACAUUUUAAACAAACCGUUUGGUUUUCAAAAGGUAUUAAGUUCACACAUGUACAUAUUCAGUGUCAAUGUUACUGUCGACAAUCAGUCGUUUAUACAGGAGUACAAUCAUACAUCGCAACAUGGAGUCAGCAUUUACAGUCAGCUUUAUUCUGACAACUUACUCGGCAUCAGAUUUGACCUAUAUAACGUUAGCAUGCAGGAUAAUGGAACAUACGUCUUAUAUUCUCAAACUCGUACCUGCUUUACAGUUUUUAUCAUGCAGAUAACGAUUGCACCAAUUGAUUUUCAAGAAGAGCAUGAACCGGUCAACGUAUAUGUACAUCCACAUGGUUCGCUUAUACGGCGUCUAUUGGAGAAUGUAUCAAUGGUGCUGUUAAUUGACGGUAUAUCCGUCGAUCAAAUGACAACUUGUAUUCAGCAAGAUGAUCUUUUCUGGAUAUCAAGUGUGAAUAAAGGUUUACACGGAAAGAAUAUUACGUACCGCGCAUUACUGAAUGACGGUAUUGCCAUCGAAAUCAAUAAAACGUUGAUUGUCAGAUAUGGACCCAGCUUUCCUGUCACACUUAUACCAAGAAAGAUACACUAUAAUUUGGUCAGUGAUGACAUCAUGCCUGACGUAACAUGUACCUCUAAAUGUAAUCCAUCAUGUAACAUUUCUUGGGGAGAACAUGGUAUAGGAGCAAUAUUACGUCUAGGAAGGGUAUCAACUACCAGCACAGGGAAUACACAUGUACCGUAUCAAGAUAUGGUGGGCAGACAUUAAAUCAGACAAUCAGUAUUUUUGUCAUAGACAACUCGUUUUAUGACAUUGCAAUUGUGUGUUUAAUUGCUAUACAAGGAUUAACAAUAAGUAUUGCAGUAGGGAUAUGCGCAUAUAAACUUCACAAUAAAAACGGCUUAGCCAGGACAACAUCUAGCCAAAGUAAAGUGAAAACUAUAAUACCGACUGUACAAGUUCAAAGAAAGGAGACUUAUGAAAUCGUGAAAUUUGAAAGAAGGGGCGCAAGCGGAGUUUAUGACAAAGCGGAUUUGGAAAGUGAUGGAACACAAUCUUCUUCCAGUAUAUAUAAUAAUACAAUGAUAUGAGACGAAAAAGUCACGUUCCUAUCCCUUGAUUUCUCAAAUUUAUAUGAGUUAUAUUUAUAACGUUUAUGAAUGCUAGUUUCAUGUUCGGUGACUAAAGAAAUACUCAUAAGAAGUAGAUACAUUUUAUAAAAUCUUUCCCGCUGAGAGAAUUGACUAAAACCCACAAUUUAGAUAACAUAUAAAUGUACUACUGAUCGAUUGACUGCUUGUGGCAACUGAUUCUACCCAUGCGACCAAUGCAGACCAAGACCAGCUUUCAAAAUCAUAGUCUUCACUGGGCGCUUUUCACUUCAUAUUUUGAAAAUUUUCCCAUAAUGAUUUUUGUUUAGAUUGAAACAAGAUAGACAAGUCCAUCUUAGCACAUAUUUA